AUCAACCCUAGAAUUAUGCACGGUAUAUUUACUGAGAAUGUGCCGCAGCACCACCACCACCGACGCCAAAUGAUUCCUUGGCCCCUGCCUUCAGUCUCGUCAGUUAUAAAAUGCUUUCAUGGUUUCCAUUCCACACACCCACCGAUCUCCUCCAUCAUCGCCGCCCCAGUUGAAAUGGUGAAGUUCUCGAAGCAAUUCGAGGCGCAGCUCGUUCCCGAGUGGAAGGAGGCGUUCGUUGAUUACUGGCAGCUGAAGAAGGACGUCAAGAGAAUGCAAGCUUCCCGCGAGAACACUACUGCGCCGCCGCCUUCUUUGGCCCUCGCAUUGCUCUCCUCUUGGACGAAGCUCCCUCCGUUCGAUUCCAUUCCGCGCAAGGAGCACGGAACUAUUCAGAUUCACAGGAAGCUGAUGAACUCGGCGAGUAGGGGAGUCAUGUACGAGACUGAAUUGCUGGAGCAGUUCGCCGAUAGUGAUGCCGCGAGGGAGUUCUUCGUGCGGCUGGACCUCCAGCUCAACAAGGUGAAUCAGUUCUACAAGGGCAAGGAGAAGGAGUUCGUUGAGAGAGGGGAGUCGCUCAAGAAGCAGAUGGAGAUCCUCCUCGAGCUCAAGGCGGCUCUCAAGAACCAGAAGGGCCAGGUUUCAGUGGGUGAUGAUCCGAAGGAUGAUCCUUCCAUUUCCUGCUCGAUCUUCUGCGAAGAAGAUGCUAUGAAGGAAGAACAAGAACAGGCCCAAGAGAUCCUAGCAACUGAAUAUGAAAGUGGUGAUUUCCAGUUUGUAGACCCACCUCAGGGAUCCGACGAGUUGGAGAAGCCGAAGACCACCGAUCGUCUAGACGAAGUGAAGCUGAGGAGUCUCUCUGGAAGAGCAUUCACCUUGCAGGGAAAGAACCUAUUGAUCAAAAUUCCCCUUACUACACCUUCAAGGACCAUCUCUGCCUUGGCAUACUUAUUCCGAGAGGACUUAGGUAGCCAAUUGAGGAAAUGUGGAUCGCAGAGUGGCAAGCUGAACAUCAACAAGGCCAAGAUCCACCGUGCCGAGAAAAUGAUCAGAGGGGCCUUCGUCGAGCUCCACAAAGGGCUGGGCUACCUCAAAACUUAUCGAACUUUGAACAUGUUGGCUUUUGCGAAGAUUCUGAAGAAGUUCGACAAGGUGACAGGAAAGCAAGUUCUGAACACAUAUCUCAAAGUGGUGGAAGUCUCCUACUUCAAUAGUUCAGACAUGGCAAUGAAGUUGAUGGACGAAGUCGAAGAACUAUUCAUCAAACACUUUGCUGAUGACAACAAGCAGAAGGCCAUGAAGUACCUCAAAACCCAUCAACAUAAAGAAUCUCAUGGUGUCACCUUCUUCAUUGGCCUUUUUACCGGAUGCUUCAUCGCGAUGUUCAUCGGAUAUUGCAUUAUGGCACAUAUGGCCGGCAUGUACACCGGGCAAUCGGAUACUACUAUCUACAUGGAAACAGUGUACCCAAUCCUAAGCAUGUUCAGCCUCUUGUUCCUACAUUUGUUCCUUUACGGAUGCAACAUCUUCAUGUGGCGAAAGACGAGAAUAAACUACGCCUUCAUAUUUGAAUUUGCCCAUACAAAAGAGCUGAAGUAUAGGGAAGUUUUCCUCAUUUGUACCACAGCCAUGACUGCGGUGGUAGGAGUGAUGUUUGCUCACUUGGUCCUUAUUGCAAGAGGGCACUCCUCGACUCAUGUCCAAGCAAUCCCUGGAUUCCUCUUCCUGAUGUUUAUGGCAUUGCUCAUUUGCCCAUUCGACAUUGUGUAUCGGUCGAGUCGCUAUCACUUCUUGAGAGUGAUCAGGAAUAUCAUGUUGUCCCCUUUAUACAAGGUAGUAAUGGUGGAUUUCUUCAUGGCUGAUCAACUCUGUAGUCAGGUCCCAAUGCUCAGAAAUAUGGAAUUUGUGACUUGUUACUACAUAACAGGUAGUUAUCGAACGCAAGACUACGGGUAUUGCAUGAGAUCCAAGCAUUUCAAAGACUUAUCUUAUGCUGUCUCAUUCCUUCCUUACUACUGGAGAGCUAUGCAGUGUGCUAGAAGGUGGUUUGAUGAAGGAGAGACAAGCCACCUAGUCAACUUGGGGAAGUAUGUUUCUGCCAUGCUUGCGGCCGGUGCCAAAGUAGCCUAUGAAAAGGAGAACAACAUCGGCUGGCUUUUGCUUGUCGUGGUGGUGUCAAGCGCUGCCACUGUCUACCAACUCUACUGGGACUUCGUUAAGGAUUGGGGUUUGCUCCAACUCGACUCCAAGAACCCGUGGCUUCGAAGCGAAUUGAUCCUCCGAAGGAAGUAUGUGUACUACAUUUCCAUGGGUUUGAAUCUCGUUAUGCGACUUGCGUGGUUACAAACAGUCCUCCAUUACAAUUUCGGAAAUGUGGACUAUAGAGUUACUUCAUUCUUCUUGGCGGCUCUCGAGGUGAUUAGACGAGGGCAAUGGAACUUCUAUAGGUUGGAAAAUGAGCAUCUAAACAAUGCAGGAAAGUUCAGGGCUGUCAAAACUGUUCCACUGCCUUUUCAUGAAGUGGAUCAGGAUUAGUGUUGAAUAAGGAUUGAAGAGGGAGGAGUUUAUAUUAGGAAUUAUACACACUGAUUUGUUCUCAAGAUGUAUACAGUGGAAAGCAUCAUUCAUCA